UCGGCACACCUUAUGGGGAUUCAGGUCAUGAGGGACCCUCUACAUCACAUCAAGAAGAGGGUCUGACUAUUGUGACACCAUCUAUGGUGGACACUACCAUUAGGAUAGGUUAUCCUCAUAAUUUUGAUCAGAGCCAAUUUGAACGCACAUCGACAUCCUUUGAGGAGUUAGCUAGCACUGCAUUUGGUGUUGAUACUGCACAAGAUACUGCUAGAGGAGAUACUGCUACAGGAUCUGAUGAGCAUAUGCAUGAGACAGGUGGAUCUGGACCACGUCCCGAGGACAAGAGAGAUACUGCUAUAGGAUCUGAUGAGCAUAUGCAUGAGACAGGUGGAUCUGGACCACGUCCUGGGGACAAGAGAGAUACUGCUACAGGAUCUGAUGAGCAUAUGCAUGAGACAGGUGGAUCUGGACCACGUCCUGGGGACAAGAGACCACGAGAUGUUAUUGAUGAUAGCACUUAGAUUUUACUAUUUAUUUGGCUUUGAUAUGUACUUUUU